GUGUGUGUGUGUGUGUGUGUGUGUGUGUGUGUGUGUGUGUGUGUGUUGCAGAGUCCAUGGAGCUGAGUCUGGAUGCAGACAGUCCCAUCAAAACUCCCGUGCUCCCGUGCUCUCACGACUUUUACCUCUCGCACUUCCAGCAGUCCUACAGAGUUAGUUCGUCCCCUCGUGGCUUGGCGCUGGUGAUAAGCAACGUGACCUUUGACCCCUGCGCUGCGCCUGAGCUUGACACGAGGAAGGGAGGGGAGGUGGAUGACGAUGUCCUGAGGAAGGUCUUCACCGAGCUGGACUACAAGGUCACCGUCCACAGAGACCUCACUGCUCAG